GUAGGUGAAACAAAUCCGACAAACAAGGGGCGACCACCACAACCGUUCGCAUGAAUGCGAGCGUACGGCUAUAUACUAAGGAUUUUUAUAUAAACCCGCUAUGUAUUAUGCUGUCUGUGGGCGUGUCUUGGCUUGCGUUUGAUAGUUGCGGGUCUUUCUUCACUUCACUUGCGAACAAAACGCUUAGAACAACGGUUGUUGACGAAAGUGUUUUUCUUUGGCGCGUGACCAGGCCUCGCAUUGUUUUGACUCGCAGCGGAAACGGUGAACCUUUUUUUUUUUGUUCGAAAACACGCAAUCUUUUCAGCAGCCAGCGAUUACGUUCUGCCUCGUUAAAGAAUGUGGAGUGAAUGGAAGAUAAAAGCCGUGAAACUCUUUUUAUUCUAGUGAUUUUGUGUUUUCGUUUGUCGGUGCGCAGUGUGGCCAGAGCAAUUAUAUAACUUUACGGUGAAGAGUGACAAAAGUGAUCAUACGAUAUUAUUGAUGAAAUCAACACCCGGUGCAAAAAAUCGUCCGGGGAACGAGUGUUAUGAAAACAUGAAUUAUUAAUAAGCAAUAGAAAGAGGUGUAAUUACAAGUUAUACAGAUACUCGACGAAAUAAUUAGAAGCAAAAGUUUGUUCUGUGUAGUGUGUUUUUGUUGGAGAAACGAAGAACAAAAUCCCAAGUGGUGAUAAAAAAUAUUGUCCAAAUCCUUGAGAAGUGCUCCAUAUUCCAUUGCAGUAGUGUUACGAUCUUAGUGUGAAAAUAGUUGUGCUGGGCCAAAGCUCACAAUACAUUCAAAAUUCCGCCACUAACGAUAAUGUCGUCUCCGCACGAGGACGAAGAUCAGGAUCUUGAUCAAGAGAUUAAUGUGGACGCCGAUUCGGACUGUCAGUCGCGAGUAUCCUACAACAGUGGAUCGGAAGAUAUCGAUUUGGAUGGAGAUGGAAAUGUAUCCUGCUACGAUGAAUCCGAUAUUGCAAGUGAUCAUCAAACACAUUCGACAGAACCAACAACACGAUCACCGAACGAAAACCUGCCGUUCAGUAUAUCCCGGUUACUGGGUAAAUCGUACGAUCGUGACCAGAAGGAUAAGGAUGCACACGCGGAGGACACCAGCCCGGAGGGACUCAUCAAGAAUGGACAUCACAUUACGGUCAGUACGGCGGGCAGCUUACAGUAUGCGGCCGGUGCCCUGUACAGCUAUCCCAUGUACCCUGCUGGACAUGUGUUGCGAGUACCUCCCCAACGGGGUCCAUGCAAUCCACUGUCCUGGACAUUGCCACCGCUACAUCCUGCCGCACUCGCCCACCAAGCAGUAAAGGAUCGACUUGCUGCAUUUCCCAUUGCCCGCCGGAUUGGCCAUCCGUACCAGAAUAGGACACCCCCGAAGCGGAAAAAGCCACGCACCUCCUUCACCCGCAUUCAGGUGGCGGAGUUGGAAAAGCGAUUCCACAAACAGAAGUACCUAGCGUCGGCAGAGCGGGCGGCCCUUGCACGGGGUCUAAAAAUGACCGACGCACAAGUGAAAACCUGGUUCCAGAAUAGACGAACAAAAUGGAGACGACAAACAGCCGAAGAACGAGAAGCGGAACGACAGGCGGCGAACCGAUUGAUGCUUUCGCUGCAAGCAGAAGCGUUAAGCAAAGGGUUUGGCCAACCACCCCCUUCCGCUGCUGCCCCAUCGUCCGCCACCCCCGGUGCCCCACUAGCAGCACUACACGGACUACAACCGUGGGCCGAAGCACAUACGGCCGGCUGUUAGAUAAAGGGCGACCGAAUCGCGUCUCAUCACACAAACAAGUCUUUCGACUCGCAUAAAACGCUGAAACGAAGAAGCGACGAACUUUCAUCGACUCAACUGACCUUUUUUUGUGGGAAAUAAGUUUCACUUAAGCUUCACAGACAAAUUAUGACCAACUUGAUACAAAAAAUGGUCGACAAUGCAUAUUGUUGCAUGCGUUGUGAUACAGGGAAAGUGAGAAUAGCAAAACAUCAUUCGCCGUGUCAGAAAGGAUUUGUCAGCAUCAAGUGUAAUAUAACAUUAGCCCCCAAAAGGCUUUAGUAAUAUACAAGAAAAAAGGCAAAAGGUUAAAAAAUGAGAACGAAGCUGUGCAAAAAGCGCGGAAAACAUCUCAUUACAUGUUAAACGUUGUAUAAAAAUUGUAAAAAAAAAAACGAAUUCACCCAGGAUACGGCAAACACAACGAAACUUUGCUUCAUCUCGAUUACGGAAACCUUUUUUUGGUAGAAAGCUAAACAUCGAGUUCGUAGCAGCAAACUUAGCUUAGGGUCGAUAAAGGAAAUGAAUCCUUACUAGAAGCUUAAUUACAAUAAAAAAAAUCAAUAGUGUCCAUAAGGUGGAAAAUUAAUAAUUAAACUUCCACUAAGAAAAGCGCGAAAUACGUUCACGGGAUGAGAGAAGUAACGAUUACGAUUAUUAGUCUAGACUAGGAAAGACUCUGGCAUCUUUACACAUGCAGUAUUGUCAGUGGCCGCGUUGUAUAUAUUAUACUACUUACUAUGCUGUGCAUCCAUUUAUUAUGCUACAGCGAUUUACCGGGGGAGGGAGGAUGAAAAAUGGUACAGUAAGUGGGACGCCAUACCACAUAAUACACAAAACGGAAACAUUGCAUUAGAAUGCAGUUAUUCCAUCAAAGUCGCUUCAGCGCUGUUAGCCUAAUUAUUAGUAGUUCCGAUGUGAGGCGCUUUGGCGAUCAACCAUUGCCGCAAAUAUUAGCAGCAUCAAUGUAAAUUUUGACUCAUUUUGGUAUACCAUACACGGUACUCGCUGGCAGGAAUGUCACACGUUCCGGUGUUACUGGUUCGAAAUUACAACCGAGACGAUCGAAAAACAAAAACAAAAGACAUCAAUCAUCUGGUAGCUGGAAAUUUACAGUGAACAUAUUGUACAGCCCAGCAUAAGGAACUGUUAUAAAGUAAGAGUAAGCUUAAUUUACUGCUUUUUAAGAGCAAGUGAAACAAUGGCAAGAGAAAGAGAGAGGAAGAGAGAGAGUAAAACACUUAAUUAUUAUCUCCAAAGCAGCAUAAAAAAGGAAACAUGCGAAAUCGCGGCUAAAACAUCGGCGUGUAAGAGAAAAACAAAACAACAAACAAACACAACCAUAUAAAGGAAAAAUAAAAUCGAACAAAAAAAACAUAUUGCAAAUACAAUUGCGAAUCUCAUCUCAUUUUGCACAUCGAAUUUCACACGGGAAUGGGGUUUCGAUUGUUUCGAACUGGUGGAACUUGUUUUUUUUUCGGGGGGCCUGUAUCUCUCUGUUUUCGUGGUUUUGCCAAAUUGUAUAUAUUUUUGUAAUCCCUUCCGCACGACCGUGUGACUGAUUUAUGCGAAAAUGGACCAUUUAUUAAAUGUGCGAACCAUUUCACCGGAGCCACCAAAUGGUAUCGUCGCUAAAAGGGAUAUUAUGAAGCGACGAUACCAUUUGGGUGACUUUUCAUAAUUUUGUGGCGCUUCGUGGUUUUAAGUAGAAACGUAUGGAUUGUUAAACACGAAUCGUGUAAAAAAACAAACAAACAUUAUCAAUCACUUUAUUUAUUUCAAUAUGGGUUUAAUGAGAUUUACCAUUUAAAAC